UUUUCAAUUCCGAAGCUUGAUGUCGUCUUCGUGAACCGAGCGACUCGAGUUUGUGAGCAGAUUUGUCGAGUGUUUACUGUGUUGGGUGGAGUGUGGUUCGCCUCGAGAGCUGGGAAUGGCGACGGGAAUUUCAUGGGUUGUUCGUCUUUUGGCGGAGGAAACCGACCCGAGAGUUGCGUCGGUGAAAUUGGGUUCUGCCCAAAACAUGGGUAGGAUUAGUCCGAUUGGAGCUGGUGUCUGAACCUUCCGUCUCUUCGGAUCUCAGUCAACGGGUUUGAGUCUCAACUUGUUAAGGCAAAAGCCAGAUAGAGCUGAAGAAAAUGGAAGCCACGCAGAGUCCUCACCCUUAUAUCCCCAGAGAUCUAGAACUCCCUGGUUAUGUGCCAGUUUUACUUUCCCAAUCAACUAUCCUUGGUGUCUACGGCACUGCUUCGGUGCUUGUUAUUGCCUUCAUUUGGUUUGUAUCUGGGUCACCCAAAAGACCAACUAUCGAUAGAAUUCUCAUGUGCUGGUGGGCAUUCACAGGCCUUACUCACAUGAUUCUUGAGGGUUAUUUUGUUUUCUCACCAGAAUUUUUCAAGGAUAAAUCUGCCUUUUACCUGUCUGAAGUUUGGAAAGAAUAUAGCAAAGGUGACUCGAGAUACGUAGGAAGGGAUUCAGUGGUUGUCUCUGUUGAAGGACUAACUGCUGUUUUAGAGGGUCCAGCAUGCCUCCUUGCAGUUUAUGCCAUUGCAAAAGCAAAGUCGUACAGCUACAUUCUCCAGUUCGCGAUAUCCCUGGGUCAGCUCUAUGGAACUGCUGUGUAUUUCAUAACAGCUUUGCUGGAAGGUGAUAACUUCGCUGCUAGCCUGUUGUAUUACUAUGCCUACUAUGUUGUCAUGAACUCCUUCUGGAUCGUGAUACCCAUGGCCAUAUCCAUUAGAUGCUGGAAGAAAACAUGCGCGGCGUUCAAUAACCAGGGCCAGAAAAAAGUAAAAAGCCGCUGAGGCAUAUAUUACUGCGUGUUACAAGAUUAAUGUAACAUUUAUCUGUGGAUUUUGUCCUGCUUGAUUGCUUAUUCAAACAUUGCCAUUGACUGAUCAAUAGCAAUCACCGGCAUUUUUUGCGUUUCUCAACUUUUGGAAGGCAGCGUUAGCUGAAUCUUUGAGCUAAAGCUUUUCCAAGUGACCAUUGGGUUAUUUGAUUGAUGACUUUGAAUAUGCAUUUUGAUGUGGAAUAGUUCGAUUUGUUUGAA